AUGUCCGGCAACACGACGGCGACCCUGAACUUCUAUGCCCCACCCCCGGACGGCGCCGCUCCCUUCAACCACGUUGACCCUCCCCCUCCUGGUCUGCCCAUUCGCAACUACACGACCGAUUCACGCCCUGCCAUCCCCGGCGCCAACAAGGUCAUCUUCUUCGACCACACCAUCCGCCGCGCCAGCAAGGACAGCCCCCGCGAGCCCGUCCAGCGCGUGCACAUCGACCAGACGGCCCGCUCCGCCGCCCUGCGCGUGCGCCGCCACGCCGCGUCCGACGACGAGGCCGACCGCCUCCUCGCCGGCCGCUACCGCAUCGUCAACGUCUGGCGGCCGCUGAACCGCGGGCCCGUCGCGUCGUUCCCCCUCGCCUUCGCCUCGAGCGCCUCGCUGCGCGACGACGAGGUCGUGCCCGUCGAGCACCGCUACGCCAACGGCUACACGGGCGAGACGGCCGGCAUCCGCUACCACGAGGGCCAGAGGUGGUACUAUCUCUCCGGCAUGACGGGCGACCAGAGGCUGCUGCUCGAGUGCUUCGACAGCGAGGCGUUGAAGGAGGGGAGCGGCGUGCAGGGAGGGCGCGUGGCGCACACGGCGUUUGCGCAUCCCGGCACGGCGGAGGAUGCCGAGGGACGGGAGAGCAUCGAGGUGAGGGCGCUCGUGUUCGGGCCCUGA